CCUCGCGAGGGAUGACGUACGAGUUUCGCAGCACGUCACUGCAGCCUGGACGAUGCUGAAGGGUAGUAUAUAAGACUGCUUCUGCUUGCCUUCCCUCGAUCCUUCAUCACACUCAUCUCCAAUCCACUCAACUACAACUACCACUUUCAGCCCUCAACCAACCAACCAACCACCAACAAUCAACAUGUCUGACUCCAUGCGCAAGGGACUCGGCGAGCAGGCCUCCGAGAAGAUGACCCCCGACUCCCAGAAGUCCACCACCCAGAAGGCCAGCGAGAGCCUCACUGGAGCCGGUGACCGUAUUGCCGGUGCCGUCCAGCCUGAGGGCCAGAAGUCCACCGGACAGAAGCUUGGCGACGCCACCCGCUCAGGCGGCGACGAUGCCUCCGCCCAGGGUCAGGGUGUUAUGAAGCAAGCUCAGGACGCUCUCGGCAACGCUGGUCAGAGCAUCUCCGACACCCUCUCCGGCGCCACUGGCCAGAAGAAGUAAAGCACUCGCUUCUUCCCCCUGCUUGGUAGCUACGAUACCUCUUCCUCUCUUACGACCAUGAAGACCUGAGAAUGGACGAACAUGAUACUGCGA